AUGGAAAACGUUCUGAAGGACUUAGCCUCAGACGACGAAAAAAUUACAUCUGAACAAGUUCCUGAAGAUGCUCCCGUUUCUGCAAAUCAGCGACCCAAGCGUGGUACGCCGGAGAUUGGGAAAGCCGGUUCUUCGAGUAAACCAUCCACUGCUCAGAAGCUCAAAAAGUUUAUCUGCAAAAGAAGGAAAAUCGAAAAAUCUUCACAAGCUCCGUUAGCAUCAGGUUUAGGUGUAGAAGUUUCAUCGUCCGGAACAUCCUCAUCUUCGGCAUCAUCAUCAUCCGACAACGAAGGGGCUCACGGAACAGACCUUACCGCAGUUUGUGGUAUGAGCAAAUUUACACCAAAGCCGUUUUUCAAGCCAAGGUUGAGCGCAAGAAUUGAUGAUCACUCAAUUGAGUGGUACACCUUAGGCAAUGAAAUCGUUUUAGACAUUAAGCUUUGCGGUUACAGAUGUACAGAAUACUAUAAUAAUCACAUAAGCAGCGUCGUAAAUCUAUCUUCCAAGUUACUUAGCAAGGAUGAAAUAGCCGUACUAGAAUUGGGACUUAACUACGCCGUUCCACUUCGUAAUCAACAAGAACUGAUUGUAGAAUCCGGUAUCUCUCUAGAAUGCUGCCUUAAAGAGUUUGAAAUACAAGAAGAGGAAAAAAACACCGUACGUAAUGGACUCUCUCGCAUAUUAUCCUCUUAUAAAAAUAGACCAGACAACAACAUUAAGAGUUAUCAAUGGAUUCCUGCCAAGAUCAAACAAAUCAAGAAUGACAACAACAUUAUAAUAUGUCCUGCUGAUAAAGGAAAUGCAACUGUCAUUUUGGACAAACAAGAUUACAACAACAAAAUCAUGGAUCUUCUUAAUGAUCCUGCUUAUGAACAAAUUAGAGACGACCCGACUAUUAAACUGGAAAAAGCAAUUCAAACAAAAUUGAAAUCAUUACUCAAGACCAAAAGAAUCACAAAAGAAAUUUACAACCAGAUUUCUCCUAAAAACUCAAAAUCUCCCAUUUUUUAUGGUCUUCCAAAAAUUCACAAAAAUGACACUCCACUUCGGCCCAUUUGCGACUUUAGAAAUUCUCCAUCAUACUCUUUGUCCCUCCACCUUAAUAACAUUCUAAAGACCAUCACGAAGAAAAGUCCCUUCACAUUAAAAAAUUCCUACAAAUUUUCAAGACAAAUCCAAGAUUACCAACUACGUCCAAAUCAAAAAAUGGUUUCAUUCGAUGUCACGUCUUUGUUCACAAAAGUCCCAAUUAAAGAUACCAUGAGCUACAUUGAACGCAAACUUCAAGAAAAUUCGGAUUGGAAAUCACUCACGAGCUUGACUACCAAAGACAUCUUGGACCUGCUUAAACUAUGCAUCGACUCAAACUACUUCAAGUGGCAGGACAUGUUUUUUCAGCAAAAUAACGGGACCCCAAUGGGCUCACCCAUAUCACCUGUCUUUGCAGAAUUUUACAUGCAAUACUUUGAAUCCGAAAUCGUCCAAAAUAAUCCCAAGAUACAUUACUACAGAAGAUAUGUCGACGACAUUUUCAUGAUCAUAAAUGAAGAUGCCACGACCAAUUUACUCCAGGAAUUCAACAACUUCCACCAAAGUAUUCAGUUUACAUACGAAGAAGAAACCGAUGGACAGAUCUCAUUUCUCGAUGUCACUCUCAUACGAGACCAAAAUGAAAAGCUGAGGAAGAAAGUCUACCGUAAAUCUACCCAUACCGGUCGAUAUCUAAAUUAUACGUCAUACCAUCACCCUUCACAUAAAAUCUCAGUAAUCGAUGCCUUGUUAUAUCGAGCAUUACUAAUUUCUGACCCAGAGUUUUUAGAUGAGGAGGUCACACACGUGAGAUUGCAGCUAUUAAAUAACGGAUAUCCUAACUCCUUGAUCUCCUCCCGAUUACGUCGAAUGGAAUCCAAAAUAACGAAUCGAGACGGACAUGAUGAACAGGAACCGAAAAAACGUAUGAUACUACCAUAUAUGGGUCCAGUGACACACCACCUUACCACAUACCUGAGGAGAAAACUGAAUUGCGAUUUCGGUUUCAUCCCUGGAAAGAAAAUUGGUAACCAAAUAUGCUCACACAAACAAAAAGAGCCACCGAAACAAAUUGGUAUAUAUAAAAUUGAAUGCGCCACUUGUCCAUCCACCUAUAUUGGAGAAACAUCACGAUCAAUCGAAGAAAGAGUUAAGGAACACGUACGAGAUAUAACAAAGAAAAAUCCUAAAUCUGCCGUCGCUCUACAUAAUGAACAGAGAUAUGGGAAUGGACAUCAAUCCUAUAUGGAGUUCGCUAUUACUGCCCCUUACUUCGAAGCUGAUAAUUCCACCAACUCCACGACCCCAGCGCCCGUGACAACAAGUUGUUAUCAACAAUUAUACUGA